UAUUAGCACAGCAUGAGCCUGUCCAAUGGGGAGCGGAGGGGGGCGUAACGUCGGCUUCACUCUCGUCGGUGUGUUGAACCUUGAGCCACAACAAACAGCGACGAUACGACGCAUGAUAAACAAGUAAACACAGAAACAGACAACUGCAGCCAUGGGCAAGUUCCAUUCUCAAUUGGCCAACCCCAAAGACGAGAGUCAGGACGCGCUGACGGCCUCUGGAGAGUACAGAGACGGAGAGGAGGAUGGAAAGAACGGAGAUGUUUCACAGUUCCCCUACGUGGAGUUCACUGGGCGGGACAGCGUCACAUGCCCGACAUGUCAGGGCACUGGCAGAAUACCACGCGGUCAAGAGAAUCAGCUCGUGGCUCUGAUUCCAUACAGCGACCAAAGGCUGAGGCCGAGCAGGACAAAGCUGUAUGUCACGAUAUCAGUUGCACUUUGCCUGCUGCUGUCUGGCCUGGCUGUUUUCUUCCUAUUCCCUCGCUCUAUUGAUGUCUCCUAUGUGGGAGUGAAGUCCGCCUACGUCUCCUACGACCUGGACAAGAGAAUCGUCUAUCUCAACAUUACAAGCACUCUGAACAUCACCAAUAACAACUACUACACUGUAUCUGUGACCAACAUCACAGCACAAGUGCAGUUCUCCAAGACGGUGAUCGGCAAGGCCAAGUUCAACAACAGCUCAGUGAUCAUACCUCUGGAUGAACGGCAGAUUGACUACACAGUUCCCACCACCAUUGCUGAUGAGAUGAGUUACAUGUUUGACUACUGCACCUUGCCGACCAUUAAAGUUCACAACAUAGUGGUCAUGAUGCAGGUGACGGUUACCACGUCGUACUUCGGCCACGCGGAGCAGGUCUCCCAGGAGAUGUACCAGUAUGUGGACUGUGGGGGGAACACCACCUCCUUGCAUGGGCAUGUGCAGGUCUACCAGUAAAGGAAGCAAAAGAAGCCCAGGCGUCAAAUACUGCUGUGACUGAGGGUCUCACAGAGAAAAUUGGGCUGGGAAAUCUUGGUGACAACUUAAUGGACAGGAACAUCACUUUUCCUUACUAGUCAGUGGCUCAUCCAUUCUUAAAUUCCCAACCACUUUCUUCCUUUUAACAUCAGCGUUCAUGAUAAGAAGAGCUCUCUGUGGUUGGUUACUUGUCAAACAGCCUGGUACAAGCAGACAAACACAGCCAGAACUCUGCAGGAUUUGCCUCGAGGUUUGUUGUCAUUUUUGCUGCCAACAAAACAGACAAGUAUAAUUUAAUAUUCACAUAAUGGUAGACAUUCCCAUCAUGUUUACACUUUUACUCCUCAACAACUACAUCACUGGAAGCAGUAGUUUCAGAUAUGAUGUACUUUAACCUGACCCUUAACUACAGAUAGUAACAAUGCCGGGUUCACACUACACAACAUUUUUGUCUGUUCCGACAGUCACUAUGUCAGAUUACGCAAUUGUGGAGUCAUUAAAUCGUGGCGUGACUUGGCCGACAGACAUGACAGACUACAUGAUGGUCCACACCAAUUAUCCUUGGUCGUCUUUCACGACGUGUGAUGUCACAGGGUUAUUCUUGUCCCAUUUUUAUCAUUAUCACUAUUGAUUCAGUCACUGUGGCUGUUCAUGUGCCAGCUGAAACAUUAUUGUAGUAAUGUAGAAAGCACCGCCAGAUGUCAGGAGCUACAUUUGAAGUACCGCAUACAAACAUGCAAGUCACUGAAUCCUCCACAAGUUCGACAAAUGUUUCGCAAUAAAAGCCUUUUCCUGUUUUUACUCUGUGUGAUAACGUCACUAGAGGAAAUAUUAAAAAGGCUGAGUGUUGUUGUCGUACACUUGUCUACGACAGCAGAUCGCUCUGUGUUCCUAUUGGUCAAAGUGACAGCUGUGACGGGAGCAGUCGUGAACGACAAAAAGAAACUCAAAACAUGCUAGAUUUUAUGUCGGAACGUCGUGAGGUGUCCCAGGCGCUGAGUCGGUUGUCACACUACAUGAGAUGAAACGAUGGAUUAUCGUGUACGACACUCGUUGUUGCUCAUGAUCUGAGCCGACAUCGUACGACGUUGUGUCGGGCUAUAAUCAGGCUGAUAUAAUGUAGUGUGUACCCGGCAUAAGAAUGUUGUUACGAGUGCCCCUUCUACUCCACACCACUUUAAAUCAAAAUACAAAAACCAACAACUAAGAUUCAAGAAGAGUUUUUUUUUUUUUUUUUUUUUGACACAGUGAAAACCACUGAACUGUUCUUGACCACUUCUUUCCUUUCUCUUUUUUGGUUUAACAAGAAUAAUUGAUUAUGUGUAGUGCAAUAUAGGUGACCUAUUGUCUUAUGUAAUUUGUUUUGGGGGUUUUUUUGGCAGGAUUUUUUUAUUUUUAGCUUGAGUGAAUAUAGUACAAGUCUUUUCUUCUGUUUCGCUGUCAUUGACCCGAUUGAGUUAAAAGCAAAUGUGACUACUGUGAAGGGUGACAAAAGAACUUUGUUAAAGGGAUAAUAUUUUUAUUUCAACGCAAAUGUGGGAAGCGUUACAUCGGGCUAUAAAAUAAGAAUUGUGUAAAUGUAUAAUUUGUACUUUCUGGCUUGCUUUAAAACAUGCUAUAUCAAAAUAAUUUCUGCUUUGGGAGCAGCUUCCUUCCCUUUUAAUGAAGUUGUCCUUGUUGCAAUAACGUGUUUGCUAUUUUUAACCCACUCUGCAUUUAUAAUUUGUGUCAUGAGUUGACUGCUAUUCUUGGAUUUUGAAAUAAUUAUGAUAUUGUAAUUUUUGUUACCUGCUGUCAUUUUGGAUUGGCUUUUCAAACAGAUCAUGUAACGACCUUUGUCUGACAGAAGAUAAAAAUUAUGAAUUACUUACUAAUGAUUUAAAAGUUUCUGAUCCUAAUUCAUACGUACAGGUACAAUAAAAUGUCAUUAUGCAAGUUUUACAAUUUCUACACAGUCAUCCUGAGAAACUGUAUCCCUAGAUCCAGCCCUUCUUGAUAUUCGAUGACAGUGUAGAUAUGACUACGUCUCUGUCACUGCCUCUUCUCGAUGGUUUUGUAUUUUUCAUGCAUGAAACUGAAAAUAAAAUCAUGACUUAUUUUGAAAGA